AUGCCUGUUGAACCUGCCGCGCCUGAGCGGGCCGAGGAGUUGAGGGAGAACUACGACAAGAUCGUGAGGGAGGUGGAGCAGGCGACGCAGCGGCGAGGAGCGGGUCCGACUCCUCGACUGGUCACGGUUUCAAAGUACAAGCCUGCAUCGGACAUUCUGGCGCUGUACGAGCAUGGCGUACGACACUUUGGCGAGAACUACCCGCAGGAGCUCGAGGGAAAGGCGCAGGAGCUGCCAAAGGAUAUCGCUUGGCACUUUAUCGGUACAUUACAGUCAAACAAGUGCAAGAUGCUCGCCGCCAUUCCCAACCUCUUCGCCAUCGAGACCCUCACCUCCGUCAAAGCCGCCAACCACCUCCACAACGCCCUCUCCUCCGCGCCCUCGUCCCGCUCCGAACCCCUCAACGUCUUCAUCCAGAUCAACACCUCUGGCGAAGAGCAGAAAUCCGGUCUCGCUGCCUUGACAUCCUCGUCCUCCUCUGGCGAGGCAGUUGACCUCGCUCUGCACAUCCUCGACAAGUGUCCGACCCUGCGACUGAGAGGAGUGAUGACGAUCGGCUCGCUCGACGCGUCGAAGUCUGCGAUGCCCAAUCCCGACUUUGAGCGGCUGACAGAGACGCGCGACCGGCUCGUCGAGGUUCUGCGGUCCAAGGCGCAGUCAGACGGUGCGAGCGAGGGUUUGCGGAAGGGCGUCGAGCAGAUUGAGCGGGACGGCGGCCUCGAGUUGAGUAUGGGCAUGAGCAGCGAUUUCGUCGAGGCGAUUGAGCAGGGGUCGACGAAUGUGAGGGUCGGGUCGAGCAUCAUGGGGUCACGCCCGCCGAAGCAGUAG